GUUUUUAAAUUUUAUUUUCAUAUGCAUUUCCUAGUUUCUCGUUAAUAUUAAAUAUCCUCUAGAUCCGUGUAACAGUUCAAUCACAUUAUUUUCAACAAGUUGUGAAUUGUGAUUGUGAUUACCUUAAAUUUAAGUUUUGUGUGUGCGUUGAAUAUCACUUUUUGCUUUUUUGAAAGUAAGUACCUUACUAAGCAAUCACUAGAAUAAUAAUCACCUAGGCAAGUACCAAAGUCUAUAUUUAGUAGCAUAUGCUUAUAGAAUAUGGAAAAUCAGACCUCAAUAUCCUCUAUUUCAACAUAUUCAUUCUGAUUUACCUUUAUGAUUUUGAUAUCUUACCACAAAAUCAGAUUCAAAGUGUUAUCUUAUCCCAUGGUUUAUUUUUGUUUCCUUAUUCCUUUAUCAGUCUUGAUGUUGUGUCUUAAUGAAUAUCUUCUCUUUGAGAUGCAUAUGGUUAGUUAUUUCUUAAUCUAAAAUUUCAUGUGUUCAUUUUGAGAAUUUUGUCUUUAGCUAGUUUUUUUCUUUUUAUGUAAAAAAAAAACACAUGAAAUCUUUGGAUAUUGUAAGUCCUGAAGAUAGAAAAAUGCCAAAACAGAAUGUUAACACAAAGUUAAAAAGAUGGAGAAGUGUUUAUAUUUUCAUCUUUAUAGCUGGUGCUAUUGCUCUUCUCCUUUCUGGUGCAUCCAUGUCGAAAUUCUUCUCCUUGAAAUCAUUUCUUGAUGUUGAAUCUUUUCACAUUCAUCUAACCCCUGAGGGCACAAAUAGGAAUAAUCAAAAUGAAGUGUUAACAACUGUGCAAAUUGUGAUUCAAAAAAUUCAAAAGGAGCUUGAAAACCUGAGGGAAAUGCAUCAAGAUCCAUCAUCGUCUUCAUCGUCCUCUUCAUCACAAUUUGUUUUGAAACAAGGUGCUUUCCUUGCCGACAUAUUAGGACUACUCGAGUCUUUGCAUAGUGAAGAUCAAAAUGGUAGUAGUUUCAUUGUUCAUCCUUUGAUGAAAGAAAAGAAACGAUCUGACGAACCUGCUAGUUACUUUUUGAGAGAAGAGAUUCGAAAAUAUGUCAGAAUCAGGCCUAACAGAUUAGGAAAACAAAAUUUCAUGGGGGCGAAUGCGACCUUCACUAGCAUAGGACAUGCAUGUUUUUCCAUGAAGGAAGAAUUAGAAGAGUACAUGGAUUAUGAUAUUGGUGAAAUAUGUAACGAUGAUUGGAAACUAGCUCAAAAGCUUAUGGUUCAUGGAUGUGAUCCUCUACCAAGGAGAAGGUGUUUAUCAAGAUCACCUAAGCUAUACAGUAAACCAUUCCCCAUUAAUGAAUCCAUGUGGAAACUCCCUGAUGACAGAAAUGUUAGAUGGAGUCAAUAUAGGUGCAAGAACUUUACUUGUCUAGCAAGCAAUAACAAUGCUCGAAAGGGAUUCUUCAAAUGCGCCGAUUGUUUUAAUCUUACCGAUCAUGAGAUGCCGAGAUGGAUGAGAUUGAAUGGUGAUUCAAUUUCAAAUCAAACAGGUGAAGCUGAUUUUUUUAUAGAUGAUGUUCUUGGAAUAAAGUUAGGAGAGAUUAGAAUUGGAUUGGAUUUUAGUGUUGGAACUGGAACUUUUGCUGCUAGGAUGAGGGAAUAUAAUGUGACAAUAGUUUCAGCAACUAUUAAUCUUGGUGCACCCUUUAGUGAAAUGGUAGCUCUUAGAGGACUUGUUCCUCUUUAUUUGACUAUAAAUCAAAGGCUUCCAUUUUUUGACAAUACACUUGAUUUGAUUCACACAACAAGGUUUCUUGAUGGUUGGAUAGAUUUUGUGCUUUUGGAUUUUGUUUUGUAUGAUUGGGAUAGAGUUUUGAGGCCAGGUGGGUUGCUUUGGAUUGAUAGUUUUUUUUGUUUGAAGGAAGAUGUGUAUGAUUACUUGAAAGCUUUCAAAAUGUUGAGAUAUAAGAAGCACAAAUGGGUUGUUGUUCCAAAGAUUGAUAAGGAUGAUCAAGAAGUUUUCUUUUCUGCUGUUUUAGAGAAGCCUCCUAGGCCAUUCAGGUAAUCUUACAUCGUAAUCUCUCUGCCGGAAUGAGGGACUAAUUCUUGAGACGUUCUUUAGUACACACAUGUCUGAGAUCGAACUCCUGACAACGUGAUCAUUCGUAAAUGUUGAACAUUUUGAAGAAUUUUCUUUUUGUGUUGUGUUAAUAAAUUUGUAGAAAUGUGUAUGAAUAUAAUAUAUGUCAAUAAUGAGCUUCAUAGUUGAAAUA